AUGGCUUCUCAUAUGUUGACAAAUGUAUUUCUUUGUCAAUUUGACAUGUCGCGAGGGAACACACUAGUAUGGUCGGCUCGUGAUAAUGAUCCACUAUUAAAGGGAAUUGAGUUCAAAGCGCUACCAUCCGGGAUUCAUGAAGUAUCAGACGAUGUUAUUCGGUUCUGUAUAGAGUAUGAGCAAACCCAGUACUACGGUAUAUGUUGUUAUUUGCAAAAUGCUUUCGAGGUACUGGAUAAUGAGGGUCAAGUUGAUAGAUCAAAAGUGAAGAUGUACUCCCUGGGAGUUAUUGUAGACCCCAGUCAAAUAUCUGAUGACCUUAGAGGGUUCAACUACGAAGUAACAAAUCAGUACAUCCCAGAGUUACAAUCAUUGUUAAAAGAUUGGUCAACUAAUCAGGGUUCAAAUUCCAAUUCAUAUGAACAAUUAAGCACUUACUAUCAUAAAAAGAUUAGUGGCAGCCUAAAUUAUGAAGUAGAUUACCAAACCUCAAUGUUGAACCAUUUACCAUAUUGGCUAAAUAAAUUAGGGCCACUAAUCUUUCCUUUGUUCAAAUCAUGCUUGCUUAGAGAGAGGAUAUUGGUUAUAUCCGCGCCUGGCAAUAGCUUCGAGUACACGAAUUCCUUACUUUACUGUUUGGCCACCAUAUCAAGAAAUUCGAAACUCAAUAUGGGCAACACAGGUUCUAAGGGUAGUUACAUACCAACUUUGUUUACAGUCGGGACUUAUGAUAUAGAAGAUUUAGAGAAGCAUGGACAGGAGGGCUUUUUAGCUGUUACAAGUGAUGAGAUAUUGCUAUAUAAGGAAGAGCUCUUUGAUAAGGCUCUGAUAUUGCCAUCAGAUUCCCUUAUCCAUGAAGGUCUUGAACUUCAAGACAACAAGGGCCAUCCUGUUAAAGCCACUAUUCAUGAAUCGAGAAUAUUUAACAAGCUGCUGGAGACAUACUGUGAUCAGGAUAUCACGAAGAGGGAUUUGGAAAGAUUUUCCCGCAAUACAGAAACCAUGUCAUGGCUGCAAUAUAUACUAGAUAGUAUGCUAUUCUUGGCUACAGCAGGCCAUAUAACCGCGAGGUACAAUGAGACGAGGGAAAUAAUCCAAAAAAGUUUAUCUCGAGAAGAGGGUGAACCGGAUGAGCAUUACGAUGCUAGAGGUAUUGUACAGUUUUUCAAUAGUAGAUCAGAUGAGUUGCUUGACUAUAUUCAAAGGACCAUUGAAGACAGUAACAACAUACUACCGGCCACAAUAACGAUAGACCUUGAUAUGGAUUAUUUUAGUAAACAAGACUAUGAAUUUUUGAGAAUGUUUGCCAAGAAAUGGCUAGAUAAAGACAUUAUGUUUAAGACAAAUAUACUGGGUAUAUAUUGA